AUUCUGUUUCACUUCCAUCGAGCAACAGCCUGUUACACUGCCAAGCUUUAUAAAGUGAGUUAAGUGGAUUCUCCAACCAGGACUUUUUUUGACCAAAGCCAAGAUGACAGUACAAUUUAAAGAUGCCUUCUGGGGAGUGGACUUCAUCAGUAAUAUUGGGUAUGAGACGAUAAGUCAGAGACUAAAUGAUGGUCGACGGACAUGCAAAGACAUGGAGGAGCUCUUAAAAAUGAGGGCAUCAGCAGAGGAGAAAUAUGGCAAGGAACUAUGCACAAUUGCACGCAAAGCUGGGGGUUUAUAUGAGAUCUGCACUUUGAGAAAAUCUUUUGAUGAAAUGAAAACACAAAUGGAAAAUGUAGGAAACUUGCACAUUCAGCUUUCUGGUUUACUAAAGGACGAGGUGAAGAGAAUGGAGCAGUUCAGAGAAAGACAGAAAGAACACCGGAAAAAGUAUGAAGUCAUCAUGGAGAAGGACCAGAAGACAAAAGUCUCCAUCUACAAGAAAGCAAUAGAUUCUAAAAGGUCCUAUGAGCAGCGAUGCAAGGAAGCAGAUGAGGCACAGCUUACAGCUGAGAAGUUGGGCAACACUCCCACAGCCACUCCCAAACAGAUCGAGAAGAUGAACAACAAGUCUAAACAGUACAGGGAAGCUGCAGAGGAGGCUGAGAAACAGUACAUGUCAAACAUUGAACAGCUUGACAAGACUCGACUGGAGUGGGAUACAACACACAUCAACACAUGUGAGGUGUUUCAGCAGCAGGAAGAAGACCGCAUCAGUGUACUGAGGAACGUUCUGUGGGUGCACUGUAACCAGUUAUCAAUGCAGUGUGUGAAAGAUGAUGAGUGCUACGAUAAUGUGAGGACAUCACUGGAAAAUUGUGACAUCAUAGCAGACAACAGCGGCUUUGUGGAGAUGAAGCGCACCGGCUCGACCGCCUCAGCACCUAUUGAAUACCAAAAUUACUACAAGAGGGAAGAUACAGGAGACAGUAACGGCACUGUUGGAUUCGUAGGAGUGAUAAAAAGGUUUUCAAAUCUUCUGCAGUCAAACUGUUCCAGUGGCUCCAAACUGAACAUCAAUGAACCUACUGCAGAAACAUCUGAUGGAGUAUACGCCUCCAUUCCUGGAAGUCAGGUGCCCCAGCCGAGCAGUGAGGGGUUCAAGGUCGUGUACGACUAUGAGGCGCAGGGGGACGAUGAGCUCUCUGUGUCUGUCGGCGACGUGGUGGUGGUCAUGGAUCAAGGUGAAGAUGGCUGGUGGACAGUGAAAAGGAAUGAAGUUACUGGAUUGGUCCCAGGCACGUAUCUUGCUAAAGAAUAAGUUAACCUGAAGCUUAAUGGAGGAUUUUUAGACUUUUAAAUGUCCUCAUGUUAUAUAUUGUAAAGGCCUUGUCUUUUCAAAUAACGUUAUAGUUUGAUCUUAUCUGUUGUUCUUGUUUGUUUUUUAAGCAUCAUUUAAAUGCGGAAGCCCUGAGAGGCUAGUGAGCAAAAGCAAAUGACGAUUAAUUUGCUAAGUUUUAUCUCAAAAACCUUUCUCCCCUGUGUUUAUGACUUAAGAACUAGGAAAUAUUUUUCAUUGGAAGGGUAAUCCUUCUAUGUUGCAAAAAAAAGUUAUUCUGGGAAACAGAUGUCAGCAUAAUUCGUUUUUGGAGAGUCAAAAUACAUGUUGAAUAUAUUGUGUUUUAGCAAGUUAAGUACCAUCAUGUGUUUCUUGGCUGGACAUGUACUUUAAUCUUCUCAAAUCAGAUGCUUUGAAUUAUGAGUGGUGCACUUCAGCCUAUUGUGGUCAGAAUCAGUAUUAACAAAAGUUAAUUUAAGAAGAAAAAAAAUGUUCACCUGGCAAAAUAUUUUUUUUAUUUUUACUUGCCAGUCAGGGUUUUCAAAUUAAAGCCUAUAUGAGUAGGAUUUUUUUAAAUGUCCACCUAUAGCACCCGUGGAAAAAUCAAAAAAUGCACUGUGGCAGAGAGUGACCCUGAUAGCAAGCGAAUGAACAGCUGACUGUAGCCGUUUCGACAGUGCUAGUUUUGUUUUUCUCAUGAACCCUAUGCCUUUAGAUCAUUUGAGCUGUUGCAUAACAAUCUUACAGAAAGGAAAUGUCACAAAGUAGCAUGAGACAGUGUUGAAAGAUGAAUUAUUUAUUGCUAUGGCACAUAUUCAUAUUACUUUGCCCUUACUGGUCUGUUGAGAGCCCGUCAUACCAAGGACAGCUGGAGAUGAAGUGAUCUAUUGCACAAGGUCACUGCACUUGUUUAUUAAUAUACUGUGGUAUUCUCGUCAGUCCUAAAUAUUAAGCAGAAUGUUAGAUUUGUCUUGUUGGCAUGUAUAGAUUUCCUGUGUGUAGUUAUUUUUUCUAUUCUAAAUGUUAAAGAAAAUAAUUGUUUGAAAAUGGGAUUUCCUUUGUAUUUAUUAAUAUGAAAGACACAUUUAUUUUUUACACAUGGUUAACAUUGAUUUUAGCCUGAGCUGAAUAAGAACUAUUUUGCAUUAUUGCUUUAUUUUUUAAGAUAAAUUUAAUUUGGAUUAGAAAAGCAUUAGACCAAAACCAUCGAUAUAAAACAGCUGAAUGUAACCAGGCACUAUUGUUAGAUCAGGUGGCUGAGUUAUCAGCUCUAUUUGGUUUUAAACGUAUCUGGUUACUCUGGUAAGGCUGAUACAUUUCAAACAGUGUCUAUCAAUAAAAACAAAGACGAGUCUAUUCAAUAUGAAGGUCAACAAUGUUUUUUUGGUGGUAGCCAGAUGUUCCGAAAGGAGAUAAAACUUCAUUUAGUGAUUUAAGCUUAUAUACAGUAUAAUAUGCAUGCGUUAUAUUUUGAGCACCUUGUAACCUCGAACCUCAUUUUUGAAGACAUAUAGUUACAACAUAACAGAUUUAACUCUGACCAAAACCUCAAUAAAUAAGGGAACCUCUUCAUGGGAAACCCCUGAACUUUGACCUCU